AUGAAAUCAGUCGUUCAUGCUGCUGUUGGUGCAGCUGUGCAGCUUCAUCAUCAUGAAUCGGAAAGAACAAUACGAGUGCUGUUUUUGGGUAAUAGUGAAACAGGAAAGACUAGUGUUAUUGAAAGGCUAAUCUAUGAUCAAUUUGAGGAAAAUUAUACGCCAACUAUUGGCAGUGAUUUCUUGACCUCUCAGAGUGUUGCAUACAGAGACGAAAAUUACAAAUUGCAACUAUGGGAUAGUGCUGGUCUUGAAAAAUACCAAGGGUUAUCUGUAUCCUUUUAUAGAGAUAUUGACAUUGUGUGUUUAGUGUUUUCUGUUACAGACUUGAAAAGUGCAAAUUCUUUAAACAAAUGGAGAGAAGAAUUUUUAAUACAGGCAGGAAUGUCAGUCACCUCUUCAUUUCCAUUCGUGGUUAUUGGAAAUAAGAUCGAUCUUAUUAAUGAUUUCAAUAAGAGACACUGUGAAAAGACAAUAUCCACUGCUAAAUCUUGGUGUGCUCAAUUUGGCUAUCCCUACGUUGAAACGAGCGCCAAGUGUGAAACUUCAUCCAGCCUAGAAACAAACCUUGUUCCUCAAAUCAUUGAGAAAUAUGUGUCAUUUGCCAAACAAGACAAUGAAGAGAACGAACAUGAUGAAAAAUUACUACCAGAAACUGAAGACGGAAAACAAAAACGCUCUGGCAUUUGUGGCAACUGUUCCAUUCUGUAG